AAUCUGUUCGGUGGGGAUGAUGAUCGGACCGGUCUAACCGACUGGAUUAAAUGUUAAACAAGUGUUAAAAUUAAAUUAUGUGCCUCUUCGUCGCUUCAAAAACGCAACCGUUUCCACUUAUUAUUUUCUCUCUCGUUUAACAAAACAAAAACAAAGUGACUUGUCUAGUUCAAAAACAAAAAAAAAAAGAGAGAGAGAAACGAAGCAAAAAAGAAGAAUAAAAAGAAGCAAAGACAUUGUGGGUCUCCUCCUCCGGUGAGUAGGAUCAAAUUAGGGCAUUAUCCUUAUCGGUGAAAGAAGCCAUGGGAAGAAGAAAAGUCGAGAUCAAGCGAAUCGAGAACAAAAGCAGUCGACAAGUCACUUUCUCCAAACGACGCAAAGGUCUCAUCGAGAAAGCUCGACAACUUUCAGUUCUCUGUGAAUCUUCCAUCGCUGUUCUCGUCGUCUCCGGCUCCGGAAAACUCUACAACUCUGCCUCCGGUGACAACAUGUCAAAGAUCAUUGAUCGCUAUGAAAUACAACGUGCUGAUGAACUUAAAGCCUUAGAUCUUGCAGAAAAAAUUCGGAAUUAUCUUCCACACAAGGAGUUACUAGAAAUAGUCCAAAGCAAGCUUGAAGAACCAAAUGUCGAUACUGUAAGUGUAGAUUCUCUAAUUUCUAUGGAGGAACAGCUCGAGACUGCUCUGUCCGUAAUUAGAGCUAAGAAGACAGAACUAAUGAUGGAGGAAGUGAAGUCCCUUCAAGAAACGGAGAUGUUGCUGAGAGAAGAGAACCAGAUUCUGGCUAGCCAUAGCCAGUUGGGGAAGAAUAAGAAAAAAAAACAUUUGUAUAUUAUAAAAAGCUGCAUAAUCUCAACCUUACAAAAAAAACAGAAGCUCUUUUCUUGUAUUGUAAAAGAAUUUUAAAACUAAGAUAAAGCUAUAGAUCUUUGUUGUACCUUUGUAGACAAUAUCAGAGUUCUUCGUGUGUUUGUCUUUUUUUUCUGAAAGUACCGAUUGGAUUCAAAGUUUUGCUUUCUUCAGCGUGAAGAACCCUAGGUGUAAAUCUUUUGGUUUUACUUAUAUAUUUUUUAGUUGUUAGUUAUUUGAUUAUUUGUACGUUACGUGGCAUGGUUAUUUAGUUUAAAUUUUAUUUAACCUUACUAGGAUAUUUUGUUCGUUUUCCAAGUUUAUCAAUUCUAAUUUUAAGGAACUCCCAAAAUAAUUCUUCCAGAAAAGAAUAUGGCAGAAAAUGAUUUGUCUCGGCUGUUAGGCCCAUUGAGGCCCAUAAUUUAAAAUUUAUGGCCCAUCAGAAGUUGCAACUCUUUCUUCAUCCAACGCAUGCUCUAGCUAGUUUCUUGGUAGCUCCGCUGGUACUUUAAUUUAGUGGCCCUAUAUAUACAGAAGUGUUUUUCACUUGAGAUUGAUCUUCCUAUCAUAGGAUAAGAGUUGUGAUCUCUAGGAUAAUCCUAUGUGCCUCACUAAUUGCAUAGUGUUAGAUCACAGCUUAGGACGCUAUAUAUAUUUACAUCAUGAAGAUCAAGUCAAUUAAAUUCAUUGUUUAAAUUGAAGUCUUGCAAUAUAGAUCAUAUACGACACAAAGUAGGAAUGAAUUUGUGAAAAGAAACAUAGUUUUUUUUUUUUGAACAAAAUACUUUCAUUAAACUUAGAGAAUGUUUGCCGCAUACAACUGUAACACAGACUUUGCUAGGGAAUCAGCAACACGAUUUGCUGUCCUAGGAAUAACAUUAAAAGAACAAAGUUGGAAAGAAGCAGAGCAUAAUAAAAUAUUAGAGAGCACACCAUGGAUCUCAGCGAGCAUAGAUUUAGUGUGGAUCGCCUUGAUCAAAACACUACAAUCCGACUCAAUUUUGAUGCGUGAAAUCAGUAGACUCCUUGCAGUUGUGAGGGCAGAACGAACUGCGAGAGCUUCCGCCAUAAGGGGUGAGGCAACAGAUGUGCAGAUCGCCGAGUGCCGCCUUGUGUAGUCCAGCGGAGAGGAUGCAAACGUCCAUCCCAAACCUGCUGUCAUCAAGUUCUGCAAAGAGUGAACUCAUUCACUCCCGGAGAGACUUCAUGAGUCCGGUGGGUUAACUCCAAUUCCACAGCUUCCUUGAUCGCCUUGAGCAAGGUCUCUUCAGCUGAAAAACUUCUGAGAUUGAACACAUCUUGGUUUCUUGCAAUCCAGGGGAACAGAGGGGUAAAGGAGAUUCCCACUGGUGGCAGGCAGAUACACUUAUUACCACGAGUCACUCCUUUCACCUCCUGGAUACUAUCAACAUCAAAAGACCUGCAAAAAGGUGCCAAAUCCCAAACUUUUCUAGCAAACCUGCAGCUAAAGAGAACGUGGUGUAUCGACUCCAGCUCACCACACUUUUUACAAGCAGGAUUGAUGUCAAUGCCUCUGGAGAUAAGCUGGCUGCCUGUAGGCAAGGCUCCUUGAAUCACUUUCCAGAGAAACGUCUUGAUCUUUUGGGCUAUAGGAAGUCUCCAAAUCUCAGUUUGCCAAUUGAAAGCAGCUGGUGAAGACAAAUUUGAAGAGGCACCACUUCUAAAAGAAACAUAGUUAUCGAUAAGAAAUCUCACAUCGGAUAGGAGGAGAACAAACUAGAAUGCCUUUUAAGACAUUGAGGCACAUUCACACAUAAGCUAUGUUUUGUGGUGUGUCUUUUGUGGACUUGAUUUGGGCUAAAUACUAGUAUCAACUUGUAACCUUCCCUAAAAUGCUAAACCCCAUAUCUUUUGAUGUAUUGUAUAAGGAGUAUUUCAAAA